AUUCAGGCUUUCUGCUUGGAUUGUCUGUAUCGGAGUAUCUUAACGUGUUUCUUGGUGAUAAAUCCAAAUAUUCCUGGGGAAACAGGCAUCAAAAUUCAGGGCAAGAAUCUCUGUCUUGGCAAGAUUUUCUUCCCUAGACUUGAAUUAAUAGGUUUGCCUUUUCUCACCAAUUUUUCUAGUUUAAACAUCCACUGUAUUGGGCCAUAGUGUGUUUUUAAGUGGGACAUUUAGUUAUUGAGUUUUUACAGAUUCCAGUUUCUGAAACGGUCAUGCUCAUUUCUGUGCUUACCUGAACAAAUGUACUUGUCUCAUCCCUUGCCCCAUGUAAAGAAGCUCCAGGAGAGCAGGAACCUUGUCUGUCCUGUUCUACAGUGCCUCAUGUCAGAGUAAGCAGUUGAUAAAAUAGUUAUUGACCGAAAGAGUAAUGCUUCUACUUCGGGACUUGGGUGGUUUUCCUUCUUACAGUAUCCCCAUCUUUCUUUCAGCACUGGAGAGGGGUCUCUUGAAAACCCUACAGAAACUGGAUGAAUAUCUGAAUUCUCCCCUCCCUGAUGAAAUUGAUGAGAAUAGUAUGGAGGACAUUAAGUUUUCUACACGUAAAUUUCUGGAUGGCAAUGAAAUGACAUUAGCUGAUUGCAACCUGCUUCCCAAACUGCACAUUGUCAAGGUGGUGGCCAAAAAAUACCGCAACUUUGAUAUUCCAAAAGGAAUGACUGGCAUCUGGAGAUACUUAACUAAUGCACAUAGUAGGGAUGAGUUUACCAAUACCUGUCCCAGUGAUAAGGAGGUUGAAAUAGCCUAUAGUGAUGUAGCCAAAAGACUUACCAAGUAAAAUAUCCCUUCUGAGAGAGAUGUCUUUGCAUCUUCCCCUAAGGAUAUGCUUUUCCUAACAGACUGCUCCUGUUCCUAUAAAGUAGAAAUUUUAUUUUGCAUGAACGUGCAGUUACUCAAGAUUAGGACAAAGGCUAGACAAGGUAUAGUAGCUAUCUUUAAAUAUACACUCCUAAGCAGUAUUAUGUUAAAACACUUUAUCCUGUCUCCCUCCCCUGCCCCGUACCCUCCUCUCCUCUAAUCCGGAGACACUCCGCCACACUCUUCACUCUAGAGGUAGACUGCCGUCCCUCCGGAGCCCUCACCGUCGUGUCUGUUCCCUGUGGACUGAGGGCAGAACUUCGGAGGGCCAAUGUGUAGCUGUUAAAAUAGUACCCACGACUUCAUCAGUCAGCCGAAAACUGGUGCACAAUGCAUGGUACAAGGAACAUUUAUGUAUUUUGGGGAUUGUAUAAUAUUUAGUAAGAGUAUAUGAAAGGAUUGCUACUGUAUCAGAAUGCUCUGUCUCAAUUCAGUCUGUCCUGGGUGUGUCACCACCAGUGAAGAGAGCCUUCCACAGAAAGUCACUACAGAUCUUGCUGUUUUACUUUGUACAUGGAUUUUUACUUUUGCCUAAAAGCAUUUACCCUUCAUACCAGUUACAACAUCGGACACUGUGUAGGAGCUACAAGUUCAGAGAGAGGGAUGAUGUUCUCAAGAUCUUCCUCAAAGCAUUUCAUCUAUCUGAGAAAAACCUAUGGGCACCUGCUACUCUGUCUGAAUGUGUUGUUUUUUGUGUGUGUUUUGCCCAGUGCCAUUCUUUUGGAACCUUAUUGCUUUCCUCCUUUAUUUUAAAAAGCUCCUUUUUAGGUAAGCGUAGACCUUGCUGUCUGUAGAUCUUUUGAGUAACACUACAUAAACUGAUAUUUAGUUGAUUUAGCGAUAGCAGUAUGACUUGUAAUGUAAAAAUUAACACAGAUAAUAACCUAAGGAAUGUAGGGUGGGUUUGUCAAAAUGUCAAGCAGAAUUUUGUUUCUGAAGCAUAUUUAAUUAAUAUGGAUAACCUAAAGAAUGCCUUUUCCAUCGUGUAUUAAAAACAAGAUAAAACAGCCAUCACCAGCUUUCCCAUUCAACCCCCGUUGACUCUUAAACUUUGGGUAGAGAGCAUGGCUAACUCCUUUGGAACUAAAUUAUAGUUGUUAUGGUGAGUACAUAUUUACUGCAGUUUUGCCUAAUCUCAAUCAUUGUACUUCCUUCAAUUAAAUUUUUCUAAAGCCACAUUGAGGAAUAGCACUCUGCAUGUUUGUUUUUUUAAAAAAUUGGAAGUCCUAAACCAGGAAUGAUUUGUGCUCUAACAAGGGAGGAUGAACUUGGUAAAAAUAAAACAAAAGUUUGCUACGUAUUUAUUCAUUUUUUGAAAAUGGACUGUCUAAGUACUACUGCUCCAAAGACCAUAGUUGUAACUAUCAUACAUUUUUGGUAAUUUUUUAUAUGUAACUUGUUUAAGAAGUGCUAUUUCUCAUAGGCUGUUUUUGGAAAUUUACAUUAUUGCUUUCAAAUGGCAAUGUUUUCCCCCGUUUGGUGUGUUAACAUUUAGUAAUCACUGGCAUUAGGGAAGCAGCCUGAUUUUUAUAAGCAUAUACUGCAUUUUUUAACCUAUCAGUCUGUAAUUACCUUGGUAUAGAAAGAUAAGCUCCGUAUUGUAUCCAUUUGGCUCAGGGAGGUUUCUUUGCCUUGCCUUUCUUAGAACUCCUUACUGCUGAUAAAAAAUUUGGGCACCCACCUUUAAUUAAAUAUUGGAUGAUGACUUAUCUGGUUGCAAGAAAAGCACUCAGGUUAUCGCCGGGAAGUUCUAUAGCAGUAGCUUCGGUGGGAGAAAAUGUCACGUGUGCUCCAGGACACAGGCAGCCAUCACCACUUCUCACCUCCCUUUAAAAUAGUAGUAACUUGGCAUUCAGGUGAUACUGAACCUCGCCUCCUGGCUCUCAAAGUAUGAAAAAGAUUCAAGAGAAGGGUCUGUUCUUUCCAGUGAGCAGGGGACUAAGUGGUGCAGAAUAGAGGGGCUAAUGAGGACAGAGGUACAUUUCUCAAAACAGAGGGAUGAAAACCACAUUCUGAAAUUCAGUCGUGAACUACUUUCACUUUGGAUAUUUAUUCUCUUCAUUGUCUUUUUAAAAUUUAUCCCAUGAUUUUACUUGGCUGUCUGUCUAGAUGUCCAAGGAAGGCAGGUCUGUCUGUUACGAUUUUGAUGUAGAAAGACAGAUCUUAUUAUUACUUUAUCAGGGAAGAUAGAUGAAAUUGAGAUUGGCAAAUGGACAAAAGCUAGGAAAAAGGAUGAUCCCAGAACAUGAUUUUUUCCCCCCAUUUUAUACUUGUGGAAAGAUCAUAGCUUAAAAUGUUGGGAGAUUUUAGGGCAUAGAAGUUUUCAUGGCAGUUCAUGUAGUUUAUAAACUGACAUAAUGCAGAUCAUCUGAUACUAUUUCUACAACUACUAAAUCAUUUCCCCCUUAAUGUAAACCCCUUCUGUUCCACCUCAACAAGAUUAGAGUCUGAAUGGAAACUCUCACUGUUUUCCAAGGAAUUCUGAGAAGUUUUUGUGUUGAACAGUUGGAAAGCUCUUUACUAUUUCAGUUGAUAUAACUUCCUUUUUUUUUUUUUUUUAAUGUAGGUGCAGAUUUUCUAUACCCCUCUGCUAUCUUUUAUAAAGAGCAUUGACUUUUGUGAUGAAAAUCAUACUAGGUUUGAUUUCUUGAUAACUCAGCUUACACAAUAUUUUUAAACUCUUGAGCAAUCUGUGUACAAUUAAGAGAUUUCUGACAUUUAUUCUUCACUAAGUUGAUCAACUCUAGAAUUUAGGCAUUUUAACAUCGGUUGAGUUUUGGAUCUUUCUAGAGUUAUGUAGAUAGCUUUUGUUUCUGUACAUUUAAAAUAUCCAUUUAAGAAAUACCUACAAGGUAAAAAAUGAGAAGAAAUAGCAAUGUAUUUUUUCAUAAACAUUUUGAUACACAUUUCAUCGUUUAUUGAUUAACCAUUUUCUUACACUGGUUGUAAUCAGCAUUUGAUUCAGAGAGGGAAGCAUUCAUUAUUGAUAUCCUAAAUGGGCUUUUUUUUAUUCCAUCCUUUACAAAUGAUCAAGAUCGGAGCUUGUCGAAAUUAUAUUUUUAUCAUGGAAAAUAAUUUCAACUCCCUAAGUCCUAAUGUUGAACAGAAUUGGAGUAUUUUCUUUAGAAUUACUUGAAAAGGCAAAUGAAAGCUUAUUACAGAAUGCUUGUAUUUUCUUUUCUCUCUCUAGAACCAGUAUAUUGCUGGCAGCUAUUGUAUUAAAAAAAUAAAGUAUAUUUUCACUAUCAUAAAAGGUUCUUUUUUCCCCCCAUCAUGAAAAUAAAUAACAACCUGGGGUAAAAGUGUU